UCCAAAUCUAGAUAUUGGGACUCAGAUCGUUCAAGUUGUCUAGUGACCCACCAAAUAAACAACAAUGGUUCUAAAAACAGUAGUGUAAUUGUGAAUAGGCAUAUGGCCGAGGACAUUGCAACGAAAAGCUGAACUUCGCUAACACUAGCCCUGCUGAUGUAAAAAGUUAUAGACCAAGCAAACUUUAUGGUUUUCUUCCAGUCAAGAGUUAAACAUCAGCCUUAUCACUGUAAUAAAGAUGCAGAGGGAUAACAGAGAACACAUCUACGCUGUUACAUUACAGAGAUUCAAAAGUCUCCUUGCAUCGCUAGUCAGUACAGGUGAGCGUCUAUUACUUCUAGUCUAAGGAACAGGUAUCACUUGUUGUUGGUACUAUGAGGUUUAUCAUAUUUUAACAUCUUUGAAUGUGCUGUAGAUCUGAGCUCGACAUCUUUUGCAACAUGGGUGUAGAAAGUCUCCAGACGGAUGGAGAAGAGGGCGGGGAGAAGAAGAGAAAGUGGACAUUCAUCAUUUCCUUCGUUAGUGUCGUGUCUAUAUUGGUUUUGACCGUUGGGCUUUACUUCGGACUGGUGUUGAAACAGACUGAGAUGGAGUUUGUGAUCAGCACCACAUGGGACAGCCAUCCUGUGGAUCAUGACCCUGUGAAGGUGACGUUUUCACCCGGGGAUGGAGGGAUGACGAUGCAGGUGUCUGCUCCCUUCUUCAACGACCCCCCUGGUCCCUCAGGCCCUCCAGGACAGCCCUUCCCUGGCCUCUGGGACUAUGAAGUGGUUGAGGCGUUCUUUCUGGACAGUACCACUGUGAACUACCUAGAGGUGGAACUGUGUCCACAUGGACAACACUUGGUGUUACUGCUCUCUGGAAGAGGUCAUGCAUUCAUGCAACAACUGCCCCUGUCGUUCACGGCGACCAUCACAGGAAACAGGUGGAAUGGUGAGGCACUUCUCCCCUGGCACUACUUUCCCCCUAACGUCAACAAGAUGAACUCGUACGCCAUCCACGGGUCCGGUGUGGGACGCACCUACGAGUCCCUCUACCCCGUCCCCCAGGCCGACCUAGUGGAGGGACAGAAGCCCAACUUCCACCUCUUGGAAUAUUUCCAAGACUUUCGCCUGCAAAGCAUCAUGGGAGAGGGCUGGGUCCAGCCCGAGUCGGAUCUCUGGAAGGGAAAGUGAUGAGUCGGGAGAACACACACACACACACACACACACUGGAACACACACGCAUGAUGACAGCCGGCACGACCAAAGUCACGGAGGAGGAACAAAGUGCAAUCGAUCUUGAUUAGUUAAUGAUGUCAGACUGGAUGACAUGAAAUAUGUUAUCAGUUUGUCAGAUGGUAUUAACACCUCACCUCAAAUAGCCUUUUACCAACUCAGAGAGGCCUGGUUCAGAAAACACUUUAUUUUUUUGUAUGAAUGAAAGUGAGAAUCAAAGUUCAUUAUAUCUGUGCUAUCUGUUUAUAGAUUUAUGCCUUUUUCUGAAAUGAAAGACCAUUGAAUUUGAUCAUUUUCAAUGGUACCUCCAAUUCAUUGUAGGAGUAUCAUUGUUAUUCAGUAAGGUGAAGGCUUAUCAUGAAGAGUUUACACUUUGGAUUCAUGGUUUCUUGCUGUGCAUUGAUCAUCGCACACAAUAUGUCUGUAAUUCAUAAUUGUGACCAAUUCACUGUGCUGUUGCUGGAGUAAGGCUGUUUUGCUUGAAUUAUUCCUGGGCAAAUUAAAAUUGAUUGUCCACAUCCCAAAUGGCACCCUAUUCCCUGUAUAGUGCACUACUUUUCAAAAGUAGUGAACUACAUAGGGAAUAGGGUGCCAUUUGGGACGCAAUCGUUGAGAUAAUUAUUUGUCAUUUGAUAACAGCCAUAUGUGCCUUUUUGUAAUUAUGUUAAAUGAGCUCUUGUGUCGUCAUUACUUCUGGGAUCAAAAUAGGACUGUUGGCUUAUGGAAUGUUAAUGUAAGUAGAUAGGCGGCAGACUACCAAAUAAAUAAAUGAAAUAAACUGUG